GACACUAUCUAGCUAGCAAGGAGGGCUAUAGUAGUGUUCUCUACUUGCAGUAUAAAGCCAGCAAUAGUGAGGCAAUAUUAUAUUGCGAGAUGGAGAAGUUGAGUGUGGAAGUAAAACCUGAAGAGGGUGAUGAGAUGAAAUGGGUUAAUGAUUCUUCAGUGGAUCACAAAGGCAGGGUUCCACUCAGAGCUUCAACUGGUUCUUGGAAAGCAUCUCUCUUUAUUAUUGGAAUUGAGACAAGCGAGAGGUUGAGCUACUUUGGAAUAGCAACAAGCUUGGUCCUAUACCUCACAAAGGUUAUGCAUCAAGAUCUCAAAACUGCAGCAAGGAAUGUGAACUACUGGUCUGGUGUCACUACUUUGAUGCCAUUGUUUGGGGGAUUCAUAGCCGAUGCAUACAUGGGCCGUUACUCCACUGUGUUUGCAUCAAGCAUUGUUUAUCUCAUAGGAUUGGUUCUCCUUACUCUAUCUUGGUUCUUACCAGGCUUAAAGCCGUGUGAUCAUACAGCCAUGUGCAAUGAACCAAGGAGAAUUCAUGAAGUGGUUUUCUUCUUGGCCAUUUACUUAAUAUCUAUUGGAACAGCAGGGCACAAACCCUCUUUAGAGAGCUUUGGAGCUGAUCAAUUUGAUGAGGAUCAUGUUGAAGAACGGAUGCAAAAAAUGUCAUUUUUCAAUUGGUGGAAUUGUGCACUCUGCAGUGGUCUUAUUCUGGGAGUGACCCUUAUUGUUUACAUACAAGACAACAUAAACUGGGGAGUUGCUGAUAUUAUCUUCACUGUGGUCAUGGCUCUCUCAUUACUCAUCUUCAUUAUAGGAAGGCCAUUUUAUCGUUAUAGGGUACCAACUGGGAGUCCCUUGACUCCAAUGUUGCAGGUUCUUGUUGCUGCCAUUUCCAAAAGAAAGCUUCCUUACCCUUCUAAUCCUGCCCAAUUGUAUGAGGUCCCCAAGACUCUUAGCAACAAUACAAGAUUUCUUUGCCACACUAAUAAACUCAAAUUUCUUGACAAGGCAGCAAUUGUUGUUGAUGAUGGGAAUUCAGCAGAGAAGCAGAGUCCAUGGAAUCUAGCAACCGUAACCAAGGUUGAAGAAAUGAAGCUUAUUAUCAAUAUGAUCCCCAUUUGGGUAUCUACCAUACCAUUCGGUAUAUGUGUGGCACAGACAUCUACAUUCUUUAUCAAACAAGGUGCUACAUUGAACAGGAAGAUUGGUAAUGGGUUUGAGAUUCCUCCAGCUUCAAUCUUCACAGUUGCAGCCUUUGGGAUGAUACUUUCUGUGGCCAUAUAUGACAAGAUUCUUGUACCUGUGUUAAGAAGGCUAACUGAAAAUGAGAGAGGAAUCAACAUCCUUCAGAGGAUUGGUUUUGGAAUGCUUUUCUCUAUUACUACAAUGAUAGUAGCAGCUUUUAUAGAGAAAAAAAGGCUUGAAGCUGUUGAGAGGGAUCCAAUGAAGGGUUCAUUAACAAUGAGUGUCUUUUGGUUGGCACCACAAUUUCUUAUUAUUGGUUUUGGUGAUGGGUUUACACUAGUGGGUUUGCAAGAGUAUUUCUAUGACCAGGUACCAGACUCUAUGAGAAGCUUAGGCAUAGCAUUUUACCUAAGUGUUAUUGGGGCAGCAAAUUUCCUAAGUAGUAUGUUGAUAACAAUUGUUGAUCAUAUAACAGAGAAGAGCGGGAAGAGUUGGUUUGGUCAGGAUUUGAAUAGUAGUCGCUUGGACAAGUUCUAUUGGCUAUUGGCAGCAAUAACCACAACCAAUUUGUUCUUCUUUGUGUUUUUUGCCCGAAGAUAUUCCUACAAAAAUGUGCAAAAGGUGGCAGUAGCUGAUUGCUAUGAAGUCAAAAGUGAUUGUGGUGGUGUAGAAAAUAAAGUUUAAGUUCAUUAGUUCAAUUUUAAUUACUAAGGUCACUUAAACUACAAAAGCAAAAUGUAAAAUGUUCCAUGUAGAAUGAAUAUAUUUAUUCUGUUUAAUAUUAUUCCAUGUUAUUCUCCCACCC